AUUUUUUAAAAAAGAAAAGACAAUAUCAACAACUAUUACACAAGAAAAAAUCAUUCUGGUUCCAUGCCAUAAACGGUAGCAUGCCCUUAGUAGUGUCAAAAAGAAAAUAUCCACCUUUGUAUAUCAUUCAUUUUAACUGGUGUUACAUCACACCAUAUAAUAUAUGUAUUAACACAAAUCUCAGUGUUUGUUAUAUCAUUGUCCACUUCUUUCUCUCUUUUCUCUCUCUCUGUCAUCCCUAAUUAGAAAAGAAAAGAAGGGAACAUAUUUUUGAGUCUUUGUUGAGAUAUUUACAUCAAAACACUCUCUCAACAACCAUGGCUUCGCUUCCGGUGAAGCCUCUACCUUCCGGCCACUUACAGCUUCAUAGCCGGAAUCUUAUUAUUCCGCCAUCAAUGGUAACCGUUGGUUUCAAAAGGCAUCACUUCUUAGGAGUCUCUUCUUAUGGUUUAUGUAUUGAUGAAUCUGUAAGGCAUAUGAGAAGCCUAAGGUCGUCGAGCAAUCGUCGGCGAGUAAGUAAAAGCGCCGGCGUGUCUAUGCCGGUGGCUUCCUCUGAUGAUUUUCCAGCGGUUUCUUGGGAGUCUUGGAAGCCGGAAAAGACCACGGUGGCUCCGUCGCUGAGUGACGUCAUCUGGCCUGCAGCAGGAGCCUUUGCGGCGAUGGCGAUAAUGGGAAGAAUAGAUCAAAUGCUAAACCCUAAAGGGAUCUCAAUGUCGGUUGCACCACUUGGUGCUGUCUCUGCCAUUCUCUUCACCACUCCUUCUGCUCCUGCUGCUCGGAAAUACAAUAUGUUCACGGCUCAAAUAGGUUGUGCAGCCAUUGGAGUGUUGGCGUUCUCCGCCUUUGGGCCAAGCUGGCUAGCCCGCAGUACCGCUCUCGCCGCUUCCAUCGCGUUCAUGGUCAUCACUCGUGCCAACCAUCCGCCUGCGGCGAGUUUACCACUACUGUUUAUAGACGGAGCAAAGUUGCAUAAACUGAACUUUUGGUACGCAUUAUUCCCCGGUGCAGCCGCUUGUAUCCUUCUCUGCUUCCUCCAAGCGAUCGUGGGUUACUUGAAGGAAAACUUAAAAUUUUGACGAAUGAAAAAGGGAUACGCGUUUAUAUUUAUGUAUACAAAACAUAUAUUGGUGGAGGAGAUUCUGUGAAGAUUUUUUAUUCAUGUUUAGACGUUUACUGUAGUUGGUCGACGUUUUUCGUACGUACCCGUAUAUAAAUGAAUAUAUAUACAAAUAUAUAUUUACGUUUCUACGAAACUUGUAAUAUACUUUUCUUUUCCGUUUUUGGUCUCUAAGUUUGGCUCAAUUAAAUUACUGAAAGAAUAAUGCGUAUAUCAAUGUAUUAUCAUACAUUGUAGAAUGUAGAUUAUAUUUUCUUAGUUCUAAGAAACAAUU